AUGAUAGUACGUCUGGGAUAUAUCCUAUCAAUUCUCUGUGUAAUUGUACAAUGCGAACAUGAUGAAACGCCCAAAACGCAUAUUGCAAUUGUUGGUGCUGGAAUUGGAGGCAUAUCAACAGCUUAUUGGUUAAAGUAUUAUUUGAAUGAUUCUGUAGCAAUUACGAUUUAUGAAUCUGAUCAAGUUGGAGGAAGAUUGAGAACCUUAAAUAUUGAUGAAGAUGAAUAUGAAGCUGGCGGAACAAUUAUACAUGAUAAAAAUUUAUAUAUGAAACGACUUGCUGAUGAAUUAGGUUUGAAACAACUUAAGCAGCCAAGUUCAUUUUCAUAUUUAAUAACCGAUGAUGGUUCUCAGACUUUGUUCUCUACUUUAUCUCGUUAUAUUCCAAGUGUAUUUCAUGUUAUAUGGCGAUACGGUCUAGAUGCAUUUCGUUUCAAAUUUUGGCUUGAAAAAAAACUAUCAAAUUUUCUUCGCAUCUAUGAUUAUCAAGAUAAUGGACGAACAUUUGAGACAGUGGAAGAAUUUCUCCAAAUGCUUGAUCAAGAUUUCUAUGCAGCCACACGUUAUUCAUUUCGAAAGUAUCUAUUUGAAAAAGGUUUUCAUAAAAGAUUUAUUGAUGAAAUCGCACAAAUGGCAACACUAGUUAAUUAUGAUCAAUCAGUUGACGCAAUAAAUGCUUUUCCUGGUUUGGUAUCAUUGAUGGCCUCGGGUUCUACACUUUGGCAUGUAGAAGGUGGUAAUCAUCUUGUUCCUAAGAAAAUGCUUGAAAACCUAUUAAAACAAUCUGACGUUCAAUUCGUCAAAGGUUAUGUCAAAAGUGUUGCAGAAGUUCAUCGUAUUGAUGCCGACGAUCAAGGUGGUAAUGUUCGUCUUUCUUAUCAGCCAUCUACUAGUGACCUCGUACAUUCUGUUGAUUAUGAUCAUAUUGUUAUUGCUUUUCCGCUCCAUCGUGAUAAUAUUGUGGAUUUUGCCCUACAAGCAAUUGAUAGUUUUAAUCAAUAUGAUUAUCGAAUGCAAUCAACACAUGCAAAUUUUCUGCAUGGUAAACUCGAUUGUCAAAAAUAUAAUUUAACAGAUGAUGAAUGUCAAAGAUUAAAUGCGAUUUUCUAUACAAAAUCGUCAUUACCAUACCGGUGUGUUGCUCAACAGCAACCUGUCAAUCAAAAUGAAGAACAAAACAAAAAACCUGAUAAAUCUGUAUAUAAAAUAUUUUCACCAGAAGAACUUAAUUUGUUACACUACGAACAAAUAUUUGAUAAAGAAAAUUUUAAACUUAUUCAAGAUAUUCCUUGGUUGGCCUAUCCAAAAUAUGAACAUCCACAAAAAUUACCACCUAUACAAAUCAAUAACAAUAUUUUUUAUCUUAAUGCAAUGGAAUGGAGUUCAUCGUGUAUGGAAAUUGAAGUGAUUAGUGCAAGAAAUAUUGCUAUGCUUGUUACGAAAAAACUUGGCGUCAAACUUAAACAUAGUGAUAAACAUGCCGAAUUUUGA